CUGAUAACAUUUCUUCGUAUUCCAUGUCACCACUCUCCUUUUAUUAAACUGGACAACUUAUAAACAUCAAAAAAAUUGUCAAUUUUGUCCCACCGGUGAUUAUUUUUAACACUUACGUCAGUCUAGUGGUUUGAAAGGGGGUGUUAGUGGGAUCUAAAGAGCUGGCAAUUGGAUUACCGACGUAUUAGACAACAACUACGUUACUGUCAACUCUCAACCAGUGCGUCUCGUGCACACGUUACCUCGAGAACGUCAACUUAAUCCGAGCUCGUGCUCGUCUCUUUCAACGGUCAAUUUUGGGAUAUCAUGAGCUCUUAGUUCCGCACAAAACUUGGUAGAAAUAGAAAUAUAUCUUCAGCUGGACAUGGAUAACUACCGUCAGCAGCGACAUGAAGGCUCGAGUCAAGGGAGGGGGAAAAAAAUCCAUCGAAAAAAAGGAUUUGGAGUCGGAGUGUCAUCUCAGGGCAGUUCAAGUGGGGAUGACGGAGAGAAGAAACCUAAAUUUCUGGACAGAUUUCCCAGUAUCCGUAUCCCUGGCAGUAAGAAGGAACGGCCACCCCUCUCCCACUUGUCCAAGCAUUCCUCUUCUGGUGACUGGUCCACUUCCUCUGAAUUUGAGGAGCUUUCUUCAAAGAUCACUUCAGAGAAGGAAAUCCUUGCCCUCUUUGAGAAAAUGAUGGAGGAUAUGAAUCUUAAUGAAGAGAAGAAAGCUCCUCUCAGAGAAAAAGACUUGAGCACAAAAAGGGAGAUGGUCCUUCAGUACAUCAUCACAGCUGCAAAACCCGGUAGUUUGAGGUGCAGCAGUCAGGUCUCUCCUCAGGAGUUUCUGAGUGAGCUGAAAGGAGGUGCCACCGAUGAGAGACUAUUUGCUUGUUUGGACUCCCUCAGAGUGUCACUCACCAGCAACCCAGUCAGAGGCUGA